AUGAUCAACAACACUUCAUUCCUUGCAUCAUCUUCCGAAUGGAUGACUUUAGGCAGCAGCAACACAAUCAUCAACUCUUUGAAUCCAAACACUCACUCAAGUCUCAGAGAGGCUUUGAAGGCUCUAAUUACAGCAUUUGGAAUGGAGUUCACGAUUAGACAAUUAAUUGGAUGUGGUACCUCAGAAUAUCUGUUGCAUGUACCCAAACAUGAAUUAAUAGCCUUGUGUUGGUAUAUGAAAGUUGAAAAGGAGCAAAUUAUUCGAGGCUAUCGAAUGGAAGGUACACAAACUUUAAUUCAAGGCUUACUGCAAAUGGCGCCCAUUGUAGGUUCUUCAGAACAACGACAAUUGUCGUUGAGAGAGUUUUUGAGUGCAACUUGCUACUUGUAUGAUGUGAUUAAGGGAAAGGAGCAAAUAAUUCCUUGUCAUCAACAAGAAGAUCACUCAACUCAGGACGAUACCAAUCAAGAAAGAAUUCAGAGUUUUUCACCUUCUGAGAAUCAAUAA